AUGUCGGCCGAGCCAGAUCACGCCCAGCGUAAGGGCAAAGUCAAUCUGAAUGAUGCCUCUGGCGCCGAGAAGAAAGAGGAGCUUGACACAUCCACCGCCAUUUUGAAGAAGAAGAAGAAGCCAAACUCGUUGAUUGUAACCGACGCCACCAACGAUGACAACUCCAUCAUCGCUCUAUCCAACAAUACUAUGGAAACCCUACAGCUAUUCCGAGGAGACACGGUCCUUGUCAAAGGAAAGAAGCGCAAGGACACUGUUCUGAUCGUGCUUGCUGAUGACGACCUGGACGAUGGAAGCGCCCGCAUCAAUCGAGUGGUCCGUCACAACCUGAGAGUCAAGCAUGGCGAUAUUAUCACAGUCCACCCGUGCCCUGAUAUCAAAUAUGCUAAGCGCAUCGCUGUGCUCCCCAUCGCCGAUACGAUCGAAGGACUCACUGGCUCUCUGUUUGACGUCUUCCUCGCCCCCUACUUCCGUGAAGCCUACCGACCUGUCCGACAAGGCGACCUUUUCACAGUCCGAGCUAGCAUGCGGCAGGUGGAGUUCAAAGUGGUCGAGGUUGACCCGCCCGAGUAUGGUAUUGUUGCACAAGACACUAUUAUCCACUGCGAGGGCGAUCCAAUUCAACGGGAAGAUGAAGAGGGAAACCUUAACGAGGUGGGAUAUGAUGAUAUUGGUGGUUGCAGAAAGCAGAUGGCUCAAAUUCGAGAGCUCGUCGAGUUGCCUCUUCGCCAUCCCCAGUUGUUCAAAUCCAUCGGCAUCAAGCCUCCACGAGGUAUUCUCAUGUACGGGCCGCCUGGCACAGGCAAAACUUUGAUGGCCCGGGCUGUUGCCAACGAAACUGGUGCCUUCUUCUUCCUGAUCAAUGGGCCUGAGAUCAUGUCCAAGAUGGCCGGAGAAUCAGAAUCCAACCUACGAAAGGCGUUCGAGGAGGCUGAGAAGAACUCGCCUGCAAUCAUCUUCAUCGACGAAAUCGAUUCGAUCGCGCCCAAGCGAGAGAAGACCAAUGGCGAAGUCGAACGACGAGUUGUCUCGCAGCUUCUCACUCUCAUGGAUGGAAUGAAAGCCCGCUCCAAUGUCGUGGUCAUGGCCGCCACCAACAGACCCAACUCAAUUGACCCUGCUCUCCGACGCUUCGGCCGUUUUGAUCGCGAAGUUGACAUUGGUAUCCCAGAUCCAACUGGGCGUCUCGAAAUUCUGCAGAUCCACACCAAGAACAUGAAGUUGGGUGAUGAUGUCGAUUUGGAGGCCAUCGCCGCAGAGACCCAUGGCUAUGUCGGCUCUGAUAUCGCGUCUCUCUGCUCCGAAGCUGCAAUGCAGCAGAUCCGUGAGAAGAUGGAUCUCAUCGAUCUAGACGAGGACACCAUCGACGCCGAAGUGCUGGACUCGCUCGGGGUCACGAUGGAAAACUUCCGAUAUGCUUUGGGCGUGUCCAAUCCUUCAGCCCUGCGCGAGGUUGCCGUGGUCGAGGUUCCCAACGUUCGCUGGGACGACAUCGGCGGUCUCGAGACCGUCAAACGCGAGCUUAUCGAAUCCGUCCAGUACCCCGUCGAUCACCCCGAGAAAUUCCUCAAGUUCGGUCUUUCACCAUCCCGAGGUGUUUUGUUCUAUGGACCACCUGGAACUGGUAAGACCAUGCUUGCCAAAGCUGUUGCCAACGAGUGUGCGGCAAACUUCAUCUCGGUCAAGGGUCCCGAGCUUCUCAGCAUGUGGUUCGGUGAAUCCGAGAGCAACAUCCGGGACAUUUUCGACAAAGCCAGAGCCGCCGCACCUUGCGUCGUGUUUCUCGAUGAACUCGAUUCCAUUGCCAAAUCUCGUGGAGGCUCCCUCGGUGAUGCAGGUGGUGCAUCUGACCGCGUCGUUAACCAGCUUCUCACUGAGAUGGAUGGCAUGACCUCGAAGAAGAAUGUUUUCGUUAUCGGUGCCACCAACAGACCGGAACAGCUUGACAACGCCCUUUGCCGACCUGGCCGUCUCGACACCCUUGUCUAUGUGCCCCUUCCAGACGAAGCCUCCCGUGCUGGUAUUCUCCGGGCGCAACUCCGGAAGACCCCUGUGGCUCCCGACGUCGAUAUAGACUUCAUUGCUGGCAAGACCCACGGAUUUUCCGGCGCCGAUUUGGGCUUCAUCACUCAACGAGCUGUCAAGCUUGCGAUCAAAGAGUCGAUUGCUUCUGAGAUUGAACGUCAGAAAGAACGCGAAGCUGCCGGUGAAGAUGCCAUGGACGAGGACGAGUCCGAAGACCCGGUUCCUUGUCUGACCAGGGCACACUUCGAGGAGGCUAUGCAAUCUGCUCGCCGCUCAGUCAGUGAUGUUGAGAUCCGCCGGUAUGAAGCCUUCGCCCAAGCCAUGAAGCAGAGUGGUGGCAGCGCAUUCUUCAAGUUCCCAUCUGCCGAAGAGUCUGCUAAUGCGGCCAACGGAAACGGCUUCGGCGAGGCUGGCAAUGACGACAGCUUGUACGACUAA